AUGAAGUAUCAUGACACGUUGUACUUCACAAGACAGGAGAAAAGGACAGAUGUGCUUUUCCUCUCAGAUUGCACUGACAACAUUUUGCAAGAACAUCACACUAAUCUAGAGCACGGAGAUGAGAAAAAUCAGAUUAUAAAGACAGCAAUCAAGCUUAUAAUCAAUGAUAUUGCCCUAACUGAUCUAGAUCCAAAUUCAUACCCAACAACACAUAGUUUGGCUGACAUUGAUAGUCAACUAAGGCUAGUUCCUCCAAAUUUUCAGAUGCUCCUAAGACCAAUUAAAAAACAGAUGAAAGUUGCCGUUCGGGGUCAGAACUUUACCAAGCAAGACAUUUUGACCUCAGUCAGGAGUAAUGCCACACUGAAUGGGGCUUGCCAUGCAACUUGA